GUUCUCCAGCUUCCCCUCCACUUCCGAAGGGACCUUUAAAGGGCCAGCAAAACUUUAAAGAAACAAACUAAAAAGGGGGACUAUGAUAAUUUGUUUCAUGAGAAGGCGGGGUGAUUAAAAAGAGGUUGCGACUCACAGAUAGGCCGGGGUUCAAAUCCAAGACAGGAGAGUUGAGCGCAGCCUCCUGACAGAAAUUUCUGAGGGGGAAGCAGUAAUGGAGCCGCCGGGGGCCGGACUCGGAAAAGCGGGUGACUUCGAUGCAGCAGGGGAGCCCGAGCCCCGCCGGCGAUCACCGCCGGUGUCGGUGGCAGCGGUGCUACCUGCCGGAGGAAGCGGGGAGCGGCUGGGCGGCAGCACGCCGAAGCAGUUCUGUCCCGUGCUGGGGAGGCCGCUAAUUAGCUACACCCUGCGGGCAAUAGAAAGAAUCAACUGGAUUUCUGAUAUUGUUGUGGUGGUCUCUCCAGAGAAUAUUGAAAUAAUGAAAUCUAUCAUUAGAAAAUAUGGUCAUGAGCGGACAACGGUAGUGGAAGGUGGACUAACCCGUCAUAGAUCUAUUUUCAAUGGAUUGAAAAUAUUUGUGAAAGAAAAUACAUUCUGCUCUCCACUCCAGAAACCAGAAAUAAUAGUAAUCCAUGAUGCUGUGAGACCAUUUGUUGAGGAGGAUAUUAUUUUUAAAGUGGUUAUGGCUGCCAAAGAGCAUGGGGCAGCGGGAGCGAUCCGUCCUCUCGUCUCCACAGUUAUUGCUUCCACAGCAGAUGGAUGUUUAGACCAUUCACUAGACCGUGCCAAGUACAGAGCAAGUGAAAUGCCUCAGGCUUUCUUAUUUGAUGAAAUCCAUCAAGCAUAUCUUCAGUGUAGUGACUAUGAUCUGGAUUAUGGAACAGAAUGUUUGCAUCUAGCUCUCAACUAUAGCAAAAUAAAGGCUAAACUUAUUGAAGGGCCUUCUGACCUAUGGAAGGUAACUUACAAGUGGGAUCUUUUUGCAGCUGAUUGUUUAAUCAAAGACACUAUAUCACAGGAAGUUUGCAUUAUUACUGACAUAAAGGAAGAUGCUGUGCAAGUGGGAUUUCUCCUUAAUGAAAAAAUGAAGAAUCAUUUGAAACAUGUUAAAGAUAUAGCAGUAUCCUUUCAUAAAAAUGAUAAUCUACAAAAUAUUUUGUUAGAACAGUGCUACAACUUUAUUUGCAUAAAAAAUAAGCUGUCUGUCUUUGAGGAAGUCUCUCAAUUGGUAGACAUACUUGAAAACACAGGUGCUUCAGUUUUGUACCCUGUUGUUCUCAUCUCGGUAUACUUGGGUACUUUAGAAAAUGCAUCUUUUAACAGUGAAAUUGAAAACUUAACUAAACUUGCAAAGGAAGUGAAAAAGAAAAAUAUCUUACUUUAUGGUCUCUUUGUACAGUAUAAAAAGGACAAUUUAAAGCUUCAGGAGACCAUGGAUUCAGCAGCUGCACUUAUCACUGUAUUAAUAAGGGAACGAAAUCCUGCAUUUGUUGCACAGUUUGUACCAGAUGAUACCUCUGCUGGGAGAAGACCAUAAGACAGAGGAAAGCAACUACUUCAGGCCACAAAUCUUUAUAGACAUGUAAAUUCAGUUGUAUUUUGAGGUUAUGAGAUGCAAAGAAAUUACCAUACAUCAUUACAUGAUAACCUUUAUUUUUUAUUUACAGAUGAAUAUGCUGCCCAUUCACUGCUACUGAUAAAGGAAC